GAAAGAUCUUCGCAACUUCUACACUCAAGUUUCUUUUUACCAACUAGUACACUCUCGCAGUGAAAUAUCUUCGCACGAUCUUUUGCGGCAGGAAAUAGAUGAAAAAAUAGCAUUCAAGCACAGCAGGACGUAAGGGAGUACUACCAGUCUCGGGAUAAUCAGUCUCGGGAUAAUUUUUCCAGCCGACCCAACCAAGCUCGAACGCAAACCGCAACACCCGUACUAUCUGGGUGAACAAAUAAGAACGAGAAGCCCUACUGCGAAAGACGAAGAGGCGACGUCACCACUUUACAAAAGAAGCAAGAAUGAAGGUAAUCUUGAUGUUCUAGUGCUGUAGGCUGCUGCUGCUGCUUUGUCCUGCCCUGUGAGGCACGAAUGAAUUGUUUUCGUUGAAGAAGUCUCAGAGCUUCUUUUUUUGCUGAUCUUUAUGAUCCAAAAAAUGUUAAAUAGCACCAAAUCCAAAUACUACAUCAAAUCCCAGGUCUUCGUCCACACCCUCUUCCUUCAUGGUGCUGUUCUCAGCAAUAUCAAAUGCAAAUAUGUCUGGGUCUGGAAAGAUGCAGGUUUUCCAUGGCCCAUGAGGUCUGGAAUGCGGGACCUAGCAUGACAGAUUCUGCGCGGUCUCUAUCAUACCUGCUCUGCAUGAGAAACCCCCUCUCAACUCAGUCGAAAGUGGGCAGCUUUUGGCACUUAUGCAACACAGAUUUCUGCCUGAUUCAGAUGUAGCAUGACAAGUUGCAAUCCUCCAGACCCAGACAUAUUUGCAUUUGAUAAGCAACCACGGAGCCGCAGCUUUGUCCGUGACCCAGAAGAAGGAAUUGCCGACCGGCUACGAGCCGACGAAUAUUUUCGCCCCGGACCCCAAGCCGCCUCCGAAAACCCUUCCGAAAGGUUCGGGGGUACCGGUUGGGCCGGGCAAGUUAACGCUAGAACAGAUUGCGCAAACGAACAAGUACGGGACGAUUGCGGAUCUCAGAGCCAUCCGAAUGGGGGACGUGGAGUUGCAGAAAGCCGUAUCGAAAUGAAAAAGUUUUCCCCCUCCACCGCAUUACAUUCGAGAAAGAAACUUCUCUUGCUGGAUUUGUGUUGCACAAUCGAAUUUUUCGCCAUGUUGUCCGAAUGCUUGCAAGAGACGCGGAUCAUUUUAGUGCUUGUUUCACGCAUGGAAAAGCGUAACAGAAUCAGCAUGGCAGGAAUGUUCAACAGCAUUCUUUCUUGCAAGUAAAAAUAGCGUGACAAGAAUUUGCAAGAAAAUUGGGCCGUGAGCGCUCUACACUUUGAUCCCUUCCACGUAGCAACGAACACGACAUGUGGUCGAGACAUUAACUUGCGUCGGUGUACAACGACAACAAAAGUCCUCGCGCACGUUUGGAACACACUUCCCUGUUGUAUGAAAAUACGUACUGCGGUAGGGGGAUAAGUAAUUUUUCCUCACGAUAAGUGAAGAAGGAAGCAGAGGCGAAGCGAGCGGAGGCGGAGGCAAAGAAGGCGGAAGCGGAACGAAAGGAGAAAGAGGUACAAGCCGCGGCAGCCGCGGCCACUGCGGCGGCCGCGGAGUUACAAGCUGCCCAGGAGCGGGUGGCGGACUUGGCGCCUGUGCCGCUGCUGCCUGGUCCAGCUGCUGCGCCGCCCCCGGGGAGAGCCGCCAGGCGGGCGGCUAAAGCCGCGGCUGCGGAAGCGGAAGUUGCGGUGGAACAAGCAGCGGUGGCUGAGGAUCAAGCGGUUGCAGCAGAAGCAGCGGCGGUGGCUGCGGGGGAUCGUGCGGUGGCGGCUGAGAAACGCGUUAUCAUUGACAUCGGGGGGGUCGGUUAUAUCUCACUUCCGACCGACUCUACUGGUGCUCCCGCUUUUCGGUUGCCGGACAGGCCUCCUCCUCGGGCGACUGGUCCGGCCGCAAGGAGAACCACGCCGGCCACCACGACCGCUUAUGGAAGCGUCAGAACCUCCGAAAACGACAAAGUUGAAAAAAGCUCGCAUAAGCUGCAAUGCACAGACUGUAUUGGUGGUGGAGGGCACCUGCACGCAGGUGAGGGCGAUUGUAAGCCUGUUUCCGGAUUAUAUUAGACAUAGCGCUGCUAGAGUACUAGUAUGAAAAAAUAUGUCCUCUUUCCCCAAAGAGCAUGACAAACUGGCAUUUUUACGUGCGUCCAAAAUUUGUGAUGCGCCACUUGGAAUAAAUUGAGGGCCCAAGAACAACUGGUAGCAAUUCUAUGCAGCAUUUGACAGAUUGUUUCAACUUUGUUGGUUUCGGUUCUGACGCUUCUAUACUGCUGGGGCUUCAGCUGCCGCCCCCUCCUCGGGGGCUGGUACUACCGCUAUUCGGACUGGCCUGGCCGUGAUCACUCCGGCCGCAAGCAUGCCGGCCGCAAGCGCGCCAGCCGCAAGAACGCCGGCCACCACAACGACCCGGACUGCUCCCGCCAAACCGAUUCUGAACCGUGAAAGGGAAAUUGCGCAGGCCAGGAAGGACGGGGAAGCAGCCAUUCUUCAGGCGGGACGAACCAUCCGAAAGAUCGCGGCCAGCAACCGCUACGGAAGUGACGAAAUAGAUCUUUAUUUCUGCGAUUUUUUGUCAUCACUGUAGUUCUCUAAUGCAUGACUGAAUGUCCUUCGAUGCGAAUUGAAAAUGAUGUUGCAGAAGUACUUCUAUCAUCUUAGAAGCCGCACCAUGUUCUUGCCCAAAAAGAUAAGUAAAUGGGGAUGCGCCAGGCGCCGGAAAUUAUUUCUUGCGGAGCCACGGGGCGUUGUCCUCGCGCGUUCAAUUUCGAAGACAUAAACGUGAACAAAUGAGUGAAGAUCAUGAAGACCACCACUGCGAGAAGAAGAAGAACUAAAGAUAAAUCAGCAGAAAAGAAGAUUCUAACACCUCCAUAUUCACCGGAUGAAGAAAAAAGGCGCGGGAUUUUUGAAGCGCUUGUUGAACCGCUCCUCUGGAGCAGGUGGCGCAGCAGGAGCUGGCGCUACCGCACGGGCUGUCGCGCGCAUCCGGACUAGGCGGGGCAAAAAAGUGCAUGCCAAGGCCCACGCGAAGGUGGAAGAAGAUACGAGCCAUCACCUGGUGACGGUGAGUAUGCAAGAAAAAUGAGACUGCGUAGUUCUUUGUGUAUAGCGUAGCUCUGUUGAUGUGUUCUUGCAGACGAUGGUGCAAGAAGGUGGCAUUUUUUGUCAUGCUUCUGGACAUACAACUACAGGCGUCGGAAGCUACGUAGAAAUUUCAUCAUGGCGUUUUAAUACGUGCACGUGUUGACACGUUUAUUUUUCCCGCCAUGCUCGACGGAUUUCGAUUUGUCAUGCUGUUUUCAUGAUCAUCUCAUCAAGAGAGUCACGACCCUAAGCACAACUACACAGUUUUUUCCGGGUAUAAAGAGAGAUUGGCGGCCGCGGCGGCAUUCGGUCCCGGCUCUACCUACCUCUCCCGCGGGGACUGCAUCUUCCGCGAGUCCUCCCGCAGCUCCCGCAACUGCUGCAGCUCCCGCAACUGCUGCAGCUCCCGCAAUUGCUGCAGCUCCCGCAAUUGCUGCGGCUCCCGAAAUUGCUGCAGUUCCCGCGAGUACUCCUGCAGCACCCGAAAUUGCUGCAGCUCCCGUGAAGAGUGCAUCUCCCGUGAAGAAGUCAAAUGAUGAUGAAGAGACCGCAAGCAAUGCAAGUACUGAAGCUCCCGAAAGUACUGCAGAUUCUUUGGAAAGUGCAGUUUGAAAGAACGAGGCAAAAAUCUCAUGGGUAAGAGGCAGUAAAACCGUCGUGGCGCCGCGCAGAUGUGGGGUGAAGUAAGAUGUUGGUCUGAUUUUUCUGUUUCCUUCGCGUUAUUCUUAUUUUCGAUAAUUAUACACAGUGGUCGUGGAAAACAGCAUUUAUUGCACAUUCUUGUUGAGAAGCUCUCGUCGCGGAUCUCAUUACAGGGAUCACGAUAUUGAUGCUUCAUCCUGGUUUUGGAGUUUUUGUAGUUGUUGACCAAACUAGAAGUUGUACCGCUUUAUCAUCCAAUACGUUCUUGGGACUUUUUUUUACCUUUUUUCAGUCACAUGAUUUUUGCGAAUAAUUCACAUCACAUGCACAUCAUCAUGAAUUUUAACAUCUUGUAAAAGGCGGUAUUUCAUACCGCCUUUUACAAGAUGUUAAAAUUGAUCUCUAUUGUAACAAUUACAGUAGGGCCUGGAUAUCGAUAAACGUAAGUACUUACGCAACUGCAAUAAGAAGACACCGUGCAACAUCCGUGUCCGAUCAGUAGUUUAAGUAUAAUAUCACAGGCUGUUUUUUGUUUUUCAUUCAUUGCACCUGAUUUGCCAAACAUUUUUGUACAUGAUCAUGAGGUACUCGGAGUACCACUCCAAAAACGUUGAAGUUACCUUCCCACACUUCUAAACUCGGUGUGUAAAAUUGAGUGAAUAUCAUGCGUAGAGAAGUGGUGAAAGUAGGAAAAGAGAUGAACCCUCUUUCACAAGAAAUCUGAACCACAGAACAAGCUGAAGCUUUCACGAGAAGCAGACGCAACUGGUUCAGGAAAACUUUACUUCAAGUAAGUUUUACAAUUCAAACACCACCACCUAAAGACCACACACGUGAAGUGCAAAAUUG